ACGAUGAUAGUGUGAUGAUGAUGGUGACGAUGAUGAUGAUGGUGAUGGUGUGAUGGUGAUGAUGGUGACGAUGAUGGUGUGAUGGUGAUAACGAUGAUGAUGGUGACGAUGAUGAUGGUGUGGCCUCGUUGAGAUUUCGUGAGUUAAACAAAUGACCCCAAAUCUCAGGAAUCGUUGUCUAAGGGCGGCGCUGAGGUUAUUGAUCUCAAAUCGAAGAGUCGAGAUUUGCCGUCACCGGCCGCUGUGAUCAACUCUGGGGGGGGGAAGGGGGCCCUUGAUCCUCCUUGAGCUGCAGGAGCAACAUCGGCUGGCUGCGAUGACGGCGACGGCGUUGGCGCUGGUGGAGCCGCGAGCGUUCGGCGCCGGGGGGUGAGGCGCGUGGGAGCGGCGUCCGGCGUGCACCGUCCACCGAGUGGUCAGGUGACCUCCUCCUCACUGCCACCGGCACCACCACCACCACCACCACCGGGCACCACCACCGGGCACUAGAGCCACCACCACCACCACCGGGCACCACCAGCGCCACCACCACCACCACCACCGGCACCGGCAGCAUCGUCCGGUUCGUCGGCAGAGCCGUGGGUGGCUGCAGCUUCGACAUCGACAUCAUCAACAUCGCCAACGUCGUUAACAACAUCGCCAACGUCAUCAGUUCCGUCACCAACGCCGUCGUCCUCGGCGUCGCCGAGCCGGUGGCAGGAGGCAAGCGACGAGAACACCGUCAGCUCCCACCGUCAGCUCCCACCGGUGGGGAUCCGGCCAUGGAGCUCAAGGUGUGGGUGGACGGCCUGCAGCGCGUGGUGUGUGGGGUGGGAGGCACCACCACCUGCCAGGAGGUGGUCAUCGUGCUGGCUCAGGCCAUCGGCCGCGCCGGCCGCUACGCCCUCGUGGAGCGGUGGAAGGGCUCCGAGCGGGCUCUGGCUCCCGACGAGCGCCCGCUCGCCGCCCUCGCCCGCUGGGGCCAGUACGCGGGCGACGUGACGCUGGUCCUGCGGCGCACGGGGCCCAGCCUGGGCGAGCGCCCCACCUCCGACGGCGCCGGCUACGUCCCCGCGGCGGCGAGGAGGCCCCCCCCCGAGCGGGCCUUCUUCUGCAGGCAAAGCCUCCCGCCCCGGGCCAAGUUCCGGCCGUCGCCGCCGUCGCCGACGUCGUCGACGUGGGAGCGGGGACGCCGCGUCGCCAACGCGGCGGCGGCGGCGGAAGAGGAGGAGGCGGAGGAGGAGGCGGAGCGGUCGGCGAGCGGCUGCGGCGGGGAGGCCCGAGGCGACCGCGCGAACCUCCGGUGCCCGCGGGAGACGUCGGCCGUCGGGGAGGGCCGCGGGAGGGGGCCGCUGACCGUCUUGUCGCGGGCCGCGGCAAGCGCGGGAGCAGCAGGAGGAGGAUCAGGAAGAGGAGGAGGACGAGGAGGAGGAGGAGGAGGAGGAGGAGGUGGCGGUGACGAUCUCCAAAGGGUUUGGGGCGGAAAUCGUGACGGACGCUGCGGUGGGGGACUGAAGGAGCGCGCCCCGCCGGAGAGGAGGAACGGCAACGAAGAGGGGGAGGAGGCCGGGGACGACAGGGGAAGAGGAGGAGGAGGUGGAGGAGGAGGUGGAGGAGGAGGAGGAGAGCGCCGGAGCGAGAGGGAUGAGGCCGAGUGCGGGCGUGCCGACGGGGCCUUCCUCCGCCGCUCGGCGCGCGGCCAGGGGAAGCGCAAGUCGCUCACCUUCACUGGCGGUGCCGCGGGGUUCACCCCGGGGUUCACCGCGGAUUUCACCCCGGGGUUCACCGCGGGUUUAACCCCGGGGUUCACCGCGGAUUUCACCCCGGGGUUCACCGCGGGUUUCACCCCGGGGUUCACCGCGGGUUUAACCCCGGGGUUCACCGCGGGUUUCACCGCAGCCUCGCAGGGGGAGCAGCGGCGGUGCCAGCGGCAGCGGCGGGGCGGGAAGGAGUCGGAGGAGGAGGAGGAGGAGGAGGAGGAAGAGGAGGAGGAGGUGAAGCUGCUGAGGCUGACGCAGCUGCAGCAGCGGACGGUGGCGGCGCUGGAGGCGCGGAUCGAGGCCGUGAGCUCGGACGUCCGCCUCUGGGAGCGGAAACUCGCGGGAGGCGAUGGUGGAGGAGGAGCAGCAGGAGGAGCAGGAGGUGGACAAUCAGGAGGCGAGGGCGACGCUCGGUUGGCGUUCGUGGGCAACCCCGCCGACGAGGAGGAUGGAAGGGCGACGAUGGCCGACGCUCGGCGGGAGCGGCGCGUGGGCGACGCCGGCUCGGAGGGAGCGGCGGCGUCGCGAGGCCGCGGCGGCGCCCGGCACUUGCCGCGGCCCGACCCGGAGCCUCGACCCCCGGGGGAGGAGGACGGCGAGGAGGCGGAGGCGGAGGAGGAGGAGGAGGCAGAGGCGGAGGAGGAGGAGGAGGCGGAGGAGGAGCAGGGCGACGACCGAGCGGCGAGGCAGCUGGAGGAGCAGAUCGCUCGAAUCUCGCGGGAGAUCGACGAGGCGGAGGAGGAGGAGGGAGAGGAGGGGGAGGGCGCGGUGCUGGGAGCGGAGAUCGCACGUCUCCACCGCAGGAUUUCGGCGCGCAUCCAGGAGGCGCGGAGGCUGGAGGGGGCCCUGAGGGCGGUGGAGGCGUCCAUGCAGGAGGCCAACAAGUGCAUGCAGGAAAAGGAGCAGGAGCUGGAGCUGCUGAACAAGGAGCUGCGCCAGGUGAACCUGCAACACUUCAUCCUGCAGACGGGCGUCAAGGUGUCCACCCUGCCAGCCGACGCCAGUGACAAUCAUGCAGGCGACGCGACGGAGCCCCCGCGACGCCCUCCGCCCGCACGGCCCCUCCCCUCGAAUCCCCGGGCCCUCCAGAACCCCCACUACGCCAACCCGGAUGGCAUCUACGUGUGACGUCGUGCGACUUGUGACGUGUGACGUCACGGAGGCGAAGACCCCCCCCCCCCCACCGCUCUCACUGCCAGGGAGCGCUGAGGGUGGAGUUCAUUGUCCUGCGUCGAUCGGCCUUCGGUGGUGGUGGUGGUGGCGGCCGUUUUGGCGGUGGCGGUGGUGGCUCACACAGAGAGCCGUAGACUUGCACAGAGAGCCAU